GUCAAUGAAGGGACGACUGCAUUGCCAGUGCUACGCCUUUGAUGAAACCUUUAAGCCGCACAACGCGGAAAAAUUCGUCUUAGCAUUUUUCAAUGACAAAAACAUAAGAUGUACGCUUGAAACUGAGGUGCUACUUCCGGACGUUGUUGAGAGCGUGGAGGUGACACCUGUUACCUGUUCCCUCCUGACACUGGACAUAUUUAGCCGUCUGACUGGGCCAGUAACACGCGAAAACGGCAUUAUUAAAUCAUGUCUUGAUGAAAUCUUUGAGUCGAUUCUCAUUUCUGACGAGCUCCGGAAGAUACUCCUCCUAGAAGACUCUGAAAAUUAUUCUCUUUUUACCGAACAAGAAAGAGAUGAGUUUUUGUUCAGACUAUUCAAACACAUCUGUAUCGGCGGCGAGCUGUGCCAGUUUGAGAAUGAAAUAAAUCCUUACCUGGAUUUUGUGCGUUCCCUUUAUCGCGACCUCGUCAGGUUCAUAGCGUAUUUAAAUUUUACGUGUAAAUCUAGCGUUCAAAAGGACCAGGCUACAAAGGAUCUUCAUGUCGUUUCCUACGUGUACUCUGUGAUAAUCAAGGUAUGUCAGAACACUAUGUUAUACGCCGCGUUUCAUACUCUUUUGUCAGUUUUCACAUUGAAGAAUUUAAAAUGCUAA